AUGAAGACACAACGUUCCUUUGGAUCGAUCGGUCCGGUCGUGCUUCUGUUGCUGACACUUGUUGGAGUGAUGAUGAUGAUGGUUAAUGCUCAAUCAUCGGCUCCAAAAUAUCAACUCAACAAUCUGGUUAGAACUAGUAACGGAUACAGUGGUUAUUUACAUUUAGUACAGGGAUAUGGUCCUUAUGGAUCUGAUUAUUCUGAUCUAAAAUUUGAUCUCUACUUUGAGACAUCUUCAAGAAUUCACAUUAAAGUCACUGACCUUCAACAACAAAGAUGGCAAGUUCCAAGUUGGAUCAUUAAAUCAAAAACACCAAAUGUUGAGCCAUCUCAAAAGGAUUAUACUGUGAAUUUAAAGACUUAUCCUUUCGGAUUUGAAGUGAUGAGAACAGCAACCAUGGAAACCUUGUUCAACACCAGUAAUAUUCCAUUAGUGUUUGAAGAUCAAUUCAUUUCAUUUGGUACUGUUUUUGAUGUCAUUCAAAAAGCCAAAGAUUCUCAAGUGAACAUUUAUGGAUUUGGUGAACGAGCUCGUCCUCUCAGAUACACUCCUGGUACAUACACCAUGUGGAAUUUAGAUAAUUUAAAUACUCCAAAUGAAAAUCUUUAUGGCACUCAUCCAUUCUAUAUGCAAUACUUUUCCAAUAGUGGUCGUGCUCAUGGUGUAUUUUUGUUCAAUUCGAAUGCACAAGAUGUUACUAUUACCAAUGACAAUUUAAUUUGGAAAACCAUUGGUGGUGUGAUUGAUUUGUAUAUUUUCACAGGACCAACUCCAGAAGAUGUCACCAAACAGUAUCAUGAAUUAAUUGGACGACCAUACAUGCCACCAUUUUGGGCAUUGGGUUGGCAUCAAUGUCGUUAUGGAUACAAGAAUAUUGAUGAAGUGAAAACUGUUUAUGAUAAAUAUACUCAAUAUGGAAUUCCAUUGGACACGAUGUGGAAUGAUAUUGACUAUAUGCAUGGUUAUAGAGAUUUCACAACUGAUCCACAAAGAUAUCCAAAGAAUCAAGUUAGAAAAUUUGUAGAGCAAUUGAAAGCUAAUAAUCAACAUUAUGUUGUCAUUGUUGAUCCAGGUAUCAAAUAUGAAAGUGGUUAUGCACCAUAUGAUAUUGGAAAACAACUCAAUAUCUUCAUGAAGAAGAGUGAUGGUGUCAAUGAUAUUAUUAACACUGUGUGGCCAGGAUUGUGUGUAUUCCCUGAUUUUACCAAUCCAAAGACUCUUCCAUAUUGGGAAAGCUUGGUAGAAAAAUUCCAUUCUGAAAUUCCAGUUUCUGGUUUAUGGUUGGACAUGAAUGAAGUGAGCUGUUUCUGUAAUGGUACUUGUGAUUCAUCAAGACUCAAUCAACCAUUCCACAUGAGAGGUCAACUUGCUCAAUUUAAUCCAAACAAUCCACCCUAUGUUCCAGGAGGAAGACAACUCGACAUGAAAACACUCUCUAUGGAUGCAAUUCAACACAUUAGCAUUAAUUACAACACACACUCUCUCUAUGGUCUUUAUGAAGUCAAUGCAACGACAGCCAUUCUUCAAAAAGUCACUGGUAAUAAGAGACCAUUUAUUUUAACAAGAAGUUCCUAUCCAGGAUUAGGAGCAAUUUCUGCUAAAUGGUUGGGAGAUAAUGAAGCAACAUGGCAAUCUAUGAAAUCAUCCAUUAGUGGAAUGUUGGCCAUGCAAAUGUAUGGUGUUGCAUUGAUUGGAGCUGAUAUUUGUGGAUUUAUUGGUAAUACGACAAAGGAAUUGUGUGCUCGAUGGACUCAAUUGGGGGCUUAUUAUCCAUUCUCUAGAAAUCACAAUGAUAUUAAGGCCAUUCCACAAGAACCCUAUGUCUUUGGACAAGAAUUCAUUGACAUGACCAAGAGAGUUCUUUCCAAUCGUUAUUCACUCUUGAACUAUUACUAUACUCAAUUCUAUCGUGUUCAUUCCAAUGGUGGUGGUGUUGUUAAACCAUUGUUCUAUGUUUUUGGUUCAUCCGAUUCGAAUCCAUUGUUGGCCUCUAUUGACACUCAAUUCAUGGUUGGUGAACAUUUGAUGGUUGUACCAGUGUUGGAUGAAGGAGCAUUGAGUGUAAGAGCGUACAUCCCUCAACAUAGAUCAGGAUGGUUUGAUUACUAUUCAGGAUCUCUCGUCUCAUUGAAGGGAGGUGAAUUCCAAAGAUUUGAUGCUCCUCUUUAUGGAUAUUCAAAUGCUUUGAUGGUUGGUGGCUCAAUUAUUCAACGCCAAACUCCAGGUCUCACCACUUUUGAGACUAGAAAGAAUCCUUUCCAACUUUUGGUGGCUCUUUGUCAACACGAGUUUAAGGCUGGUGGUAUGAUUUUCUUGGAUGAUGGAGAAAGUGCCAAUUCUAUUGAGAAUGGAAUUUAUUCUUUAGUGGAAUUACAAGCAAGUCCACUCUCUCAGAAUACCAUUGUACUCACUACUAAGGUUCUCCAACACAACUAUGCUCAAGCUGCUCAAUCCAAACUUACUGGUGUCACAUUCUACGGUUUCCCAAUGCAAAGCGGACAAUGCAAGGCCACAGUGAACGGACAAAAUACUCAAAUCUCUAGCAAUGGAGAAAAGAGAACUGUCACUUUGAAUAGUGUUGUUCUCAACCUUGUGGAGAGCAAUGUCAUUGUUGUGACUUGUUAA